AUGGCAGCGGCGCUCGCUGCCCUAGUCGUGUCGCUGGUAGCGGCGGGGCCACGACGUGAAGUGGAGCAGUGUGAUAACGAUGUGCAGGACCUGAUUCAAACCAAGGCUGUGCGCGACCAACAAAUGUUCGCGAGCCAUGUAGCUGGCACCAGCAAUCCUUCAACAGACCUGCAAACG